CAUCCCGAGGGGUGGGUCCUCCGGCAGCAGUUAAGGAAAACCCACCUUUUUUCAUUGUUAAGGACGCGGUGGAAUGUGAUGGUUUGAUCUCAAACGGGCCAGGGAGGGGAAUAUCCGAGAGGAAAGGACCGACGAGAGUAAUUCAGGGAAAGGGGGAAAGCAGAAACGCAGUCUCCCUGUCGCCUCCAACUCUCCGGUUGUAUCAGAGAAAAUGUGGAUGAACUUGCCCCAGCCGUGUCCGCAGCAGCGAGUCAUACCGUCCGCAUGAGCUCAAACCGUGUGAAGUUGUGGAUUUACCGGUGCGUUUUUCUGACCCGGCGGUGGACAAGCUAAGAACUGAAUAGGGCCUUCUGUUGUCGUGGCCAAACACUGCCUGUCUGCUCAUGCAUGAGUCUAUUGCAAAGCCUUCCGAAUGCGUCCCAUAUCUGAGCAGUGGGCUCAUUCUUUUACGCCCGAUAGCUUGACUGUGGACCAUCUCCCCCACAGUGGCUGCAUUGUCAGCCCGGCGCAGGCUCGGGGUCGCUUGCCAACUAUAACAAUGGAUGGAGACUUUGCAAAGAGGCGCUUAACGUGUGACAGACAAAAGGAUGCACUUAUAUAUGACAGAUUUGUCUGCUUAACACGACUCUGAGGGAACUUCAAAGUCUUAAAGCGACAGUGACAGACACACCACCGAGAGAGAGGAGGAUUUCCCCAAGAACUCGAGUGCUAGAUAAACACUACCACACAAAUGUGGACCUCCAAAAACAAAUCUUGUCAAAUAAUCUGAAAAAGAAAAAAACACAACAGAUAAAACAAAACAUCUUAUAGCCAUGUCUGACCAUAAAGACAUGACACAUCGCCACCUGCGGCACAAGCUGCAGAGUCUCGGUCGAAGAUUGGAUGAACUGGAAGAAGCCACCAACAAACUGCAGAAGGCUGAAGAGGAACUCCUCGACCUGCAGGACAAAGUCAUCCAGGGUGAAGGCAGCAACUCAUCCCUGCUUGGAGAUGUGGAAGACCUGCGGAAACGUCUCCUAAGGAUCCAGGGUAAGGACGAGGAGGUACGCAAAGCCGAGGAUCUCUGCCGCACAGUCAGAGAGAAACUGGAAGAGGAGGAGAGCCUGACACAGGAGCUAAAGGCAGAGAUUGAACGUCUUCAACGGAGGAUGGCUGACCUGGAGAAACUGGAAGAAGCUUUUGGCAAAUGCAAGUCUGACUGCGGCCAGCUCUGCCUAAGCCUCAAUGAGGAAAAGAACUUGACCAAGAAGCUCUCGUCUGAGUUGGAGGCCCUCAAAGCACGUUUGAAGGAGGUGGAAGGAUCUGAGACAAAGCUGGACAAAGCAGAGCAGGCUUUGGCUGUGGAGCUUGAGAAACUCAAAGGAUUCACCCAGAACUUCAUGAUUGAGCGUAAGAGGCUAAUAGAGAAGCAAAGGGAAGACGAGAAGAUCAUUCUAAAGCUAACAGAAAAAUUGGAGCACCAGAAAAGUCGCCUCGGUAUGUCGGCAGACCCUGGUCGUGCAGAUGUCAUGAGAUCACGAAUUGAGGAUGAGCUUUCAUCCACAGGGCUUCUCACGAGUAAACUGGCUGGACGCAAGAAGAGCCUUGAGUACUUGAAGCUAGCUGAUGACAACAUUGGUCUCAAAUCUGAGAAUGAGAAGAACAGCGGUCUUGAACAGGAUGAGGACAACAAAGUAAAGGAACUAACGCAAGAAGUAGAGAGGCUGAAGAACCGUCUUAAACAGCUGGAGAUAGUGGAGGGAGAUCUAAAGGACUCGGAGUCCAAAAAUGGCGAGCUUAAUGAGAAGUUUCAGAUGGAAAGAAACCGGGCUCGCCAACUAAGCGAGCAGGUGGAACAGCUCAUGGUGCAGCUGGGCGGAAAGGGUGGAACUGGAAGAAAUGGAACCAGUAAUGUGGAUAAACACGGGAAUGGAAGCACUAACAUUUGCCCUGCUAAGGUCCUGGAGAAUGGCAAAGCUGAGAAUGAAGAGAUUAUUGUGAAGGGAGGUUUCAGGCAAGAGAAGCCGAAAUAUAGGAGUGCCGCUACUGUCUCAGAGCCAAGUUCCCCUAAACACAGGAUCAGGGAUCUCUCCCCUCAGAGUAAGAGAGAGACCAAGUUGCGGAAAGAUCUGAGCCACUCGGAGGAGAGCUCACCUAAAUCUGGGAGGAGAGCGCUCAGUCCUGCUCACAAGAGUCGAAGGACACCCAGAACCCCAACUACUGCGAUUUCAUCUGGUAAUGGAGUAAGAGACACAGGACGAGGGACUGAGGGAAAGAUAAGAGGAGCCACUCCCUAUGCAAACACAUCCUCCAGUGAAAGCAAGAAAGCAUCCGUUCUUAGUCGCUAUCCUCCAGCAGCUCAUGACCCGAAGCCCCUGAGGACUGCUCAAAAACAGACAGAUGGGGAGAAUAAAAAGAGCAGAGUAGAAAAGGUUUCGAAAUUGUACGUAGGUAGCGAUAGCGAAUCAAACAACUCAGAUGUAGUGCCUGACAAUUCCAGUAACAUCAAAAGUAUCUCUGCUUUAGAGAAGGACACAGCGUCCGCCUCAGAUCAGGAAUCAACAGACCAGGUUCAGGAAUCUGUCUCUGUAUCAGUCGCCGGCACCCUGUCCAAAGCCAAUGGAUCCUACUCGGCCUACCGAUCCCAAGUCACUCCACUGCUGUCCAACGACCAGGGAUCAGAGGGUCAUUCAUCUGCCUCCGAAACAGAAUCUACUGGUUCAAGGCCAUCUGAACCCGAGCCUGUAACUGAGGUGACUACAGCAACUGUAAGCAGUAGGACCUCAACCUCCAGAUAUCCCAGACCCUACCAUGCCCAUGACUCUCAUUCUGAGGGUUCUUCUUCCAGGGGCUCGUUCGAUGAGGAGCUCCACAGAUCUCUGUUCCCUGAGGUUGGCCAACUGGGGCCAGCGCAUACUGCAUCAGGGAUUGAGAUCCAGCAAGUGUGCAGCCCACGUGAGGCACUGAGGUCAAAAGCUGUCAUCAAGCCUGCGAUUGUCGAGAUUGACAGGAAGGAAGUGAUGAUUUCAGAACCUUUGUCUACAAAUGGCAAGCCCAAAAUCUCCACCAAACCUAUGGUGACCACCACCAGUAAAAUGACCAGUAGUAUAACCAUCUACCCCAAUGACCCAAGCUCUUCCAGAACCAGCAGCCGCAGCAGCAGUGUGUCCAGUGAACACAUGCCGAUCAAAGAACGCCACACCUCCACCAGUAACAUCGUCAUUGGCCCCAGCAUUGAACACCAUGGCAGCAUCUCUGUCCCGUAUGAGAUCUCCAUUCCCAAAAGUGAUAUCACCUUGCGGACGUGUCAGGAGGACCAGGACUAUGAGAUGGAUGACCUGAGGGAUUCCACGUUCAGGUCCAAACACCACAACAGAGUGGAGACCACCACCAGCCACCUGAGCAGACAACACAGCAACUUUAGCCUUCAGUCUCCGGACAUCACCUCUGCAGAUUUUAACGACACAGAGUCCGGCUUCGAAAGCAGCAGCAGCACCACGGUCACCAGCUGGAGACACCAAAGACAAAACCAGCACUCCCAAGAAGAACCAGAGUCGAAGAAUGUGACUGUGAGAAGCACCUGGAAGAACCGGAGCCCAGCGUCUGUGGAGGAGACAGGCCAGGGAAGAGGGGGUGCAAGGACGAUGGCUGACGGUGGGUUGGAGGAUGAAACAGAAACUGCAACAACAUGGAGGGCUUACCGGGCAACCACCUUUGAUUUAGAAGAAUCGAUGAACAGCGGAGCAGGUGCUGGUGGGAAUGCUGAGGCCCAGAAGGGAUUUAAGCCGACCCCUGCAGAGGUGUACAUGCGUAGGAUCAACAGUGGGACUGCUAACCCCAGGGAAGUUGAUGAAUCGGUGCUUCGUCGAGGAAAAAGUUCAGAGAGUCCCACCAUGGAAGCACGAGGCCUGGGAAGGACCGUCCCCCACACACCUGUUAUCGCUCAGUCCUGGGGCCGAUCCUACACACAACAGCUACAGGCUGCCGAUAGCACAGAGCCCAGUCCCAUCCCGGGCAACAGCCCAGCGUCCUGGAGGCGGCAGAUGCCCAGCAGCGACUCUCCCCACCUGGGGAGCUCUUACGACCACGCGUCAAAGACAGCAGGGGCCUCCUCCAGGGGGGAUCUGUGGUCCAGUCUGGGUCAAGGGUCAGGAGCCAGAGCCGAAGGGAGGAGCAGACCGUGGAGCCAGCGUCCUUCUGAGCAAUAUUAAACCAGCUCGGUCGACAGCAAGCAUACAGCACUCCAUUAAUCUCUCAAUGGCACAAGGAGGGCCAAACAUCAGUCUCCCAUCAACUAAAGGCUUCCAUCAUCUCCAAAAGCCAACAUCUACAGCUUUUACAGCAAAGAAAAGAAAAAUAGCAGUUGCAGCCAUAUAAAACAACAAACCACAGACCUGACAUCCUCCCCCUGACCUUGAGUGUGCGCGGAGACGUGAACAACUCUUCCUAUCCGGAACUUUCUCUGUCCCAAAAGAGGCAUAAAAGGAAAGACAGUGCCUGUACAGUGUUUUUGGAGGUCGCCUCACCAGCCCAUGUUUCCUCUUCUGCUUCUCGUGUUGGAUGUAUUAUAGUGUAAUCCCGAACUUGACAAGGGAGAGGCUGGCAUGCUGGGGACGGCUGGGGAUUUUCUUGCGUGCCAGAGAGGGUUUAAAGAGAGUUUUAGAGAAAGAAGGACUCGAGUGUUGAGAAUGCCUUUCUCAGAGGACCAUCACAGUGACCACAAUGGAGCUGGAUUUAUCGCUUCUGCAUCAUAAUUUCAACCAUCACUGUAAAAACAACCCAAUCUUCAAUCAACAGCAGUACAAUGUUAAAGAUGCAUCUUCACAGAGCUGGAUCUUCAUGCAGAAUUCUUCACAAACUAAAGGACCUUCACCAAAAACAGGAAGCGAAUUAACACCCUUGCUGACUCAAGAUAUUUGCUCAUUCUUAUUUUCUCACAUAUUUUCUUUGAAUGUAUGUUUUCAGAUUUUCUCACAUAAAUAUACAAAACCAUACAAAAACAUGCACAUUUUUUACUUUGUUUACUUUCAACCUGUGUCACCACUUCCUGGCAUGCAGCCUCAAACUGGAUCUAAUUAGACGUUUGGCGAACAUUUGCAUGUUUAAGUAAUACAUAAAGGGCACUUGAAAGAUUGUGACUCAGCAUGCUUAAAGGAUUGCUAGUUGGCUGCAUUUAAGGAGCAAAAUCACACACACACACACACACACACACACACACACACACACACACAAAUACGUUCUGACUGACCGGGACCUUAUUUACGUUUUUUGCUGUUUUCUUCAGUUAUUUUGAUGCUUUUGUAAUUCGCUUCCUGUUCUGCAUUAUCCUUUCCCUUUCUGCUCCACCAUGACAAAAAAAAUCGUACUUUGCACGCAAUGAAAUGCAUUGCACAUGUAGGCAAAAACAGGAGUGAGGGUAUUGUUUAUAACCUCCAACCAUGCUACAGUUUCCAUGGUGCUUUGUUUCACAGCUGUUUUUGUCCUCAUUCAUGUUUUUUGAGAGAGCCAUAGUAAAGUGGAGUUUCCAUUUUAAAUGAAGAUUGGACUCUGGUUUACCAGCAAACCUGGCUCGGCAAGUCAGACUUUUUGUUGUUGUUGUUGCUGUAAAUACUUUGUACAUGCCAGCCAGUCAUAGGAAUACCUGAGACUCCUAACCACCAGAAACUGACAGUGUUGUGACCGGGUUCGCCGUGCGAAUCGUCCCAGCUUAUCUCCAUUUCUUAUUUCUAUAGAGGUGUAUUAUUUUGUUAGAUCAUAAAAAUAUCAACUUGCGGUUGGUAUGUUGGAGCAAUCUCUCAUUAGAGAGUGCCACUGCAGCAAUGGGGGUGCUAUAGACACCAAUUUAGUAGUGGCUAGUAAUAAAACAAGGUGGUGUAUUGAGGUAAAUGGUGCAUAUGUAUGACAGAAACAUUGUCAAAUAUUUAAAAGACAACAUUUAUUACAGUAGGUGUAAACUUUGAUCCCACAUCAAGAUUUAUGAAGGUUGCUAUUGAAUGCAGCUGAGAAUUGCUUGAUGGCUUGAAUUCCCCCAAUCUAACACGACUGCAUUCUUUGCUUAUCUGACAAGCUCGUAUAACCAUAACUGUGACAGUGAGGGAAAUCUGUUGAAGAGCUCUUCGUCCUCCACCUGGGUCCUCCACCCUGCUCGGGAUGGCCUGUUACAUUAUCAGUUCUCCUGUAUUCUACCAGCCAACAUCUAGCUGUAGUAUUUAUUAAUCCAAACAUGUACAAGUUCUGCUUUGUCACUUUACUGUUUAUGCAAGCAGGAGAUUAUAUGCAAUCAAGAAUCUGUCCCCCCAUGCAAUGGCUGUAAAUAUGUCAGGCUGUACAUACAGAUCGUCGAUAAAUAACUAAAAUGUUUGUUUACCUUCCGAAUGUUUAUUUUCACUAAUGUUCAUUUCCAUAACUCUUUUCUAUAAAUAUCUAUAUAGUAUGUUCAUCUGUGCCUUGAGAUACAGUAAGAGCGGUAGAUUGAUUGUCCCAAAAAACUCAGACUUGCACCAUAUUCUUCCUAUUGCUGUGCAUACAAAUGACAUGCAUAACUGAUUGUGAGGUUCUUUUUAUUACUUUAUAAUAGUUUCUUAAGAGGAUUUUUAGUAUGGAACAUCGUAAAAGUAUUUUGGUUUAAGCGUAAGAAGAGGAACUCCUCCCUGAGGGAUGUCAAAGCAAGGUUUCCUGAGAAAAAGCUAGUUUUCUUUUCUAACCCAACUUCAAAGUAACCUUUUAAAAAAUAUAUAAACCACACUGCCCAGAAAGCUAUGUCCUUUGGAUUUGUCUGUGAGAGUCGCUGGGUUGCAGUGCAGCCUCAAAGAAUUGCCAUGUGGCCUCUUCAGGGUCACUGCUGGCUUUAUGAUGGAGCAGAAACAGAACAGUUCAGAGCUCUCAGUGCACAUGCCAAGACUCCAUGAUUGUAAAGUCUUUCUGUGCUUUCUCUGUCAUUGUUUCUGCUACCAAAUUAACAAGAGACGAAAGCCCCAAUCUGGCAUAUUUUUCAACCCAUUCCAAUUUUCCAUUUAGUCAUUUAGAGCUGUCAAAUGUCCUUUCCUCUCAUAUCGUACUUCCUCUGUUUCUCUGCAUCUUCCUUAGAUUCUUGUUUCCUAAAGCUUAGUCCUAAACAGCGGUGAUAUGUGUUGUAGGUUCAGCGAGUUGUUUUAUUGAAGGCCUGUCACCAGACGCUGAUGGGCUGCUCCCUGGGUAGCUCAAAGGUCAAAGGUCAGGGCUGCAUCUAAUCCUGUCUCGACUUCUUGACUCAGGGUUUUCUAAAUAGAGGAAGACCGACAGCUUGGCAGCCAUAUCCACUUUAGGGGUAAUUAAAACAGUCAAAUGUAUCGAAUGUCCAGUUCUGCCUGCACUCGGACUGCCAGAGUUACACGUGUUGUGUGGUGAUCCAUCCGUGUGUUGUUAUUAAUAUGUCAGUGAGGGCUCUAGUUUUAAAGCCCGACAUGUGAACUGGUGUUUUGUAAGCUGCUGCAGAUCCCGAGUAAGAAGGUGCUGACUGACAAACUUGCACGUGUGUUUGGCAGAUUUGGCAGGCAGGACCGGAGAUAGUUUUUUUUUUCAAGGCUGACAUCACUGUGGGUCAGGAUUACUGUAUAUAGCAAGUCGAUGAUGCAAGUGCUAACACGAAUGCCCUCCUCAACCUUUAUCCUGCCUUACUUCCUCCAUGUGUCAGCUAUUUCCCUCCGGCCAAUAAAUAAAAGCGUUACAGGCAGACCAUGCUCCAGUUUCAACCGUCCUCACUGCUUACUGCGUAACCUUUAUCCUUUCUCUCUUUCACUCUCCUUCAUCCUUCAACCUUUCUUAGCUUCUGCUCUUAAACCUGUCUCACCCCUCCCCCUGAGGAGAACAUUCGAGUCUGGGGUCCCAGGAAGAGCUCAGCUGUCGGAAACUGUAAGUUUUAUGACGCGUUGGAGGGUUUCCCUCCCAUACACUGGCUUCAAAGAAAGUGGGGCUUUUUUAAGGGCAAAGUUGAAACUCCAUCCUUCAGAAUGCAUGAUGCCUUCCUUCCUUACAAGGCCCCAAAGUACACUAACACCCAACUGUACAUUCACUCCGUCCACUGAAACCUAGCAGGACUAUGUGAACCAGGAUAAGGAACACUGUGAGCCUCUACCGUCCGAUGUAUGGGCUACAUGCCACUACUCGCAUGUGAUGGGUCUUAUUCCUUUCGAGAGACAGUAAAGUGUUGACAUAGUGGAAUGCAUUGACUGGUCAUCUCAGACUAGAGUGAAGACUUUACAGGUUUCAAGAUUUCAAUGGCUUAUAAAAAAACAGCUGGGGGCUCUUUCAGAGGUUUGGUCGGUUCCUCUCCUCCCUGAAUCAUGGCAGUUUUGCAGAACAUUUAUUGAAUUAGAGAAUCAGUGUAAUAGCUGCUGCAGAAGCAGAAUAUUUAGGACAUGGCUGUGAACGAUAUGAUGGAGAAUCCGUACCAGGACAAAAGGGGGUUUAACAGUGGAGAGCAAAGUGGCUGCUUCCGCCUUCCUGCUCAAAUGCCAACUAAAGAGUUAACAUAAAUCCUCUUAAGCUCUGGUGGGUUAUGUAUAAACAUCCGUUAUUUACAAUUCAUUGUUUUUCCCCUUUUUAUAAAGUAGACUAGAAUGUACUUAGUGGAGAUUGGAAUGGCGAGGAAGAAAUGGCUUUCGGGCAGCGAUCGAUCCCUUGUCCUCAAAGGCCUCCAUUGUGAAGCCAGGGUCAUGGUGUCAUUGGAUGGCGUAGGCUGUAAUCUGCACUUAACCAGCACUUAACUUUAAGACCUCAAACGAUUAAUACCCCUUAGUCAAAAAGUUUCCUCUUUUGUGUCCCAGAAUUGUACAUUAACAACUUUGCAGUAUAUAUUUGCUGAAUGUUCCACCUUCAGAUAUGUUGUGUUUUGCACCAGCCAAAUUAGAGUAUUUAAGAAUCAUCUUGUAGGUAAAAGUAAGGUAAUGGUGUGCACUCAGUGAAUUAAUAUUUUUUGAGGGAUGGCACCCUGUUAUGCCUACAUCUCAGCCUUUUAACUUUGUGCCAAAAUCAUUCCACAGUAUUUACGGUUUACAGUAAGAGACGGGGCCCAUCUUCCCCAGGUGGACACCCCGUUUCCAAGAUACUGAAAUGAAUGGGGAAUUUUCAAUUUGAGGGUUUUCUUUUUUUGUUUUCUCUUUAAUUGUGUUUUUAUUUCUUUGUUAAACAAAAGAUGUCUUAUUUUGGAAGCUAUAUCGGAUAGAUUUUAUUUAAGGAAAGUCUUGUAAUUUUGUAAAGUGGGCCUUAUUAUUGAAAUAUAUUAAGUAUUUGUCCAUCUUGAUUAUAAGAAUGAUAUUUUUUUGCAAGAUAAUGUAUCGUCCUCGUUGUUUUGUUGUUACACUCCUGGAGAGUACUUCUUCCUGUAUUUUGUGUUUGUUAUUUUAAUAAGACAUUUCUCACGACCUGGAGACAUGAUGGCACAGCAUAGAUCAGAGAGUGAAGCCAGGGUUGUGUCGUAGUCAUUGAAGAAUGAGAGCUAUGUGCAUUUUAUCAGGGCCUAGCAGGUUUGCAGUGCAGAGCGGUUCAACAUGUGUUGUCCUGUUUUUAUCUUGGACCAUUCAGCGCUCCUCUUCGCUGCUCUGUCCUCCCUCGCUCCUAAAUUCAGGGUUCGUUCAUCUUCUGUGCUGUAUGUUUGAAAGUGCUGCCAAAGAAAGAAGCGUGCAGGCCCCAGACACUCAUGUAUAUAUAAACACACACAAAUGACCUAGUAGGAAUUAUUAUUAUUUUUAAAAAAACAUGUAACUGGAUCUUAUCUCCUUUACACGCAUACAUGCACAGAAUCAAGAAUAUCAGGCCUGUACAAUCAGCUGUUUUUAUUUUAUUUCCAAGUGUUUAUAAGUUCAUUUUGUGUACAGGAGAAGAAGACUGACAGACAGGUGUCAAACACAAAACUGUAUGUAAUGAAAUCAGAUCAAAAGGGUUUUAUGAUUUAUUAUUGCUUCUCAGUGUGUCAGCAAUGCCAGGUGGACUGUGUGGGAAGGCUUUUUUUUUUCCGUUUUAGACUUAAUACAUUGUGCAUGUUUUAACCUUACUGUGGCUGGCGCACUCUGCAUGUAGGUCUCUUGAAGCUGCCAACUGUACAGCAGACCAUAUGUAUUCCAAUAAAAAUAAAAACCAACCUGUUUGUAA